AUGCGUCAACCCCGUCGGCGUUCCACGAGGGAACCCUCGAGCUUCGGGGGGUUCCAGCAGUCCUCCCUCGCGCUGCGGCCCGGCGGACCACCCCAUCGUGCGGAGUAUUCCCCGACGGAGAUUGAAUCUACGGUCGAUCUCAUGUACCUCGCCGGCAAGGGCGAUGGGGGAGGCAUCCGAGGCCUCUUGGAGUCCGACAUCGUCGUCAACUUCAAGGGCAUCGACGGGAGGACGGCUCUGCACGUCACCGCGUUCCAGGGCCGCCUCGAUGUCGUCGAUUUGCUGCUCCUCAGCGGCGCCGUGGUGGAUCCCAGGCACCGGAACACUUCCCUGCUAAGAUUUGAAGUUGAGCACAUCAUUGCUUCUAUGCAUGUGAAAAUGGCACGUAAAGUUCCAGACUAUGGGUUUCAUCCAAGUGAACUUGAUUUCACAAACAGUGUUGAAAUAACCAAGUGUACAUGCCUAGUGCAGAAAACAUUUGGAGUCUACUUUGAUGAGGCAUUUCCCCAACAUUUGGAGCAUUUUGCAACAUGGCUAGGAAUAGAGGUUGCUGUUAAAAUGUUUAAUGAAGAUGUUAUUACUGAUAAGGAUAAAAUGUGGGUUGAUCUCAAAGGGAACUUAGACACGGGCUUUCAUUGCUUCAGCAAAUACAGCAUUCAAAUAUUGUCCAAUUUUUGGGCGCUACAAAGUAAUCGAAUGAUGGCAGUUAUGGAAUAUCUGCCAAAGCAAGCUGCUGAAGGUAGUGAAACUGUCUGUGAGGACAGACCGCUUGAUUACAAGAAUCGUUCAGCUUUCACUUGCCCCACCUAUAUAACUUCUGAAAGCAAUAUGAAGUGA